AUGCUGCAGCAAAUUCUGCGGGAUCUGUACAUCGAUCCAGAGCUCCUGGCUGAGCUGAACGAUGAGCAGAAGCACAUCCUCUUCUACAAGAUGAGGGAAGAGCAAGUCAGGCGCUGGAGGGAGAGAGAGGAAAAGAUCCGCGAGGAAGAGGCUGGGCUGAAGAGGACGGCCCGGUUCAAGCUGAAAAACGGCAAACGAGUACAGUGGCUCUGUGGGAGUGAUGGCGAGGUCUGGGUUUGGAUAAUGGGAGAAGCUCUGGGAGAUAAGCCGUAUGAUCAGAUUUCUGAGGAAUUCAUGGCAGAAAGAGCCAGGCAACAAGCCCAGAAGGAAGCUGAUGAACUAUGGAAGGAAAAAGAAGCUGAAAUUACGAAGAAGUUUCGGGAUGCUAUGGCAAACGAGAAAGCUCGAAUUGUGGCAGAGAAGUGGAAGAUAGAGACAGAAGAUCGCAAAGCUGCCAAACUGAUGGAAGAGAAAAUCCAGGAAGAAUUAAAGAAACGAGAGGAAGAAGAGAGACAAAGAGGGGAAGAGCAGAUCCGUCAGCAGGAAGGACGCAGAGCUCAAGAGCUUUACCUGAGCCUCAAGCAAGCCCUGCAGAACAGCCAACACAAUGAAAACGAGGACCGGGAAUGGGAAGAACAGUUACGGCGCUCAAAAGCUGCUGAUGAAGAAAGGAGCCAUAAAGCCCAGUGGGCUCGGGAUGAAUAUCGACGGCAAUCCUUGCGAGCCAUCCAGAAGGGAAAAGUCGCCGGUCUGAGUAACCUGUUCCAAGGAGCAGCUUUGAAUAAUGAGCAAGACACAAAGCUGGCCACGACCUGUCCAGUCGCACCGUUGGCCCUGAGGGUACCAGCCAGCAAAGCUUGGGAGCGGCCUCCAAGGCCUUUCUCCAGAGAAGUCAUCAUUCAGUGGUUCAAAGAGGAACAGCUUCCACGCCGUGCUGGAUUUGAAAGGAACACAAAUACCAUUGCACCAUGGUUUCACGGUAUUAUUAGUCGCCAGGAAGCGGAAGAGCUGCUGAUGAACAAAUCGGAGGGAGCCUUCCUGGUGAGGGUCAGCGAGAAAAUCUGGGGAUAUGCCUUGUCCUACCGUCAUCAGAGUGGCUUCAAACAUUUUCUGGUGGAUGCUUCUGGAGAUUUCUACAGCUUCUUGGGGGUGGAUCCCAACCGGCAUGCAACACUCACAGAUCUUAUUGAUUUCCACAAGGAAGAAAUAAUCACAUCCUCGGGUGGAGAAUUGCUAUUGGAUCCUUGCAGCCAGACAAAGAACCCGCCGGACUAUAGUCUCUUAUUUGAAUGA